AUAACACCGUUUACGAGCAAGUGUGAUGAAAACACAUUAAACCGGCAUACGCCGUUGUGCAGUCUCUAAUGUGUCAUUUGUAUCAUCUAAAAGUUCUCUCUGACCCCUUUCAAAACUCGGGUCAAGCUAAUACUUACUAAAUGGACUCCGACUUAACAUUGCAGUCCACAAACUAAAUAACAGACGAUUUACAGCUUUAUCCCGUAAAGCAUAAAGAGCAUAAAGUAGUUUCAGAGCUACUAAAAUGACUUUGCAAGUGAUACCAAUCCCCUUUUCUUGGAAGAACUGUGAUUGGCUCUUUUAGGAUUUGCGCGCGCAAAAGUCGAGUUUUGGAAACGGUUUUUCGCCUAAACUCGCUGUCCAUCGAUGCUUAUGUUAUGCAAAAUUUUGUCGAACACAUAUAUAACACGCAGUGGAUAAUAAGUUAAUUUAUAAAAGGAAAUAGGGAUGACUAGAUACAACUUUCUUUCAUUCGGGAUGGUAUUCGAAACGAGGUGCUCCGUUGCACCUUCAAAUUUUAUUUUUAUACAAAUAGUGCCUUAAUAUUUACAAUAAAUAACAAUUAUAAAAGUGCUCUUAAUUAAUUGUAUUGUUUUCUACAUGUUUUUCUAUAAAAUUUGCCUUAAGCAUUUGAUAUAUAAAUUUCGAAAUUCGGCCAUUUUAAAUAACUGAACUUUUUUAUGACCACGGCGUUUGCCCAAACUGCCAAUUAUUUUAAAAAUGGCGAAUGUCGGUAAAGUGCUGGCCACAAUAAAAGCUGUUAUAACAAGAUUAGUAUUCGCCUGCCAUGGGAUCAUAGCUAUAUGGCAAGUCACUGUGUUCAAGGACGACAUCAUAUAUUGGUAUUUGGCGUCACCGAUUUUGCUGCUCAUUUUCGAAGGCGUCUUUACUUUGACUAUUAAAGAAAAUCAGGAGUGGAAAUGGUUCUGUCCAUCAGUGUUCAUCUACCUGGGCCUGGUGGUGCCUGCCAUCUGGCUCCUGGAGCUGCACAAGGUGGACGUCAGGCUCAAAAAGCAGACUCCGGGCAACGACACUGUGACAAUAGGCUUGGGCGUCGCAGCGAAGAUCCCGACAGACAUGUGGGUGACGCUGAUCGAGCAGUUCCUGAUGUUGACUCUCAUCGUGGGCCGCUGGCUGCUGCCAAAGGGUGACCUGACGAGAGAUCAGCUCAGCCAGUUACUGCUCGUGUAUAUAGGAACAGCCGCUGACAUCAUAGAAUUCUUCGACUCCUUCAAAGACGAGAAGGUGGCCUCGGAAAAGGUGCUGGUGCUCCUCACGCUGGCCAUCUGGUCGUGGUCGCUCGUGCAGUUCACAGUGGUCCUGACUGCGACCAAGAGUCGAAAGUCGCGCGGCGCCGCUAAUAGGUCCGACAUGAACAGCAGGGCGUGCUGCUGCUCCAUCGAAGUGUGCGCCAUCAUGAUGAACAUCGCCCUCCAGGACGCUCCGUUCCUGGCCUUCAGACUCCUGAUCAUAGCGCACUACAAGAUCAUCAACUACAUGAACAUCUUCUUCACCUGCAAGAAUACCCUGGUGAUUCUCCUACAAAUCUACCGGCUAUACGUCCUACACCUGGAGACGACAGAUGACGGUGGCUCCGUAUAUCGGAAGCCGAAACACAAAGAACUCAAGAAAAAGGAACACCGAAAACACAAGGACAGGGAACACAAAAAACAUCAUAAGUCGAGUAAACACAAUAAGCACGAAGGGGAGACGUCUAUAUCCGUCAUCACAGACAAGCGGCAGGAAAGGGUUGAGGGCGGACGGAUCCGAGCCAUAAUUUUGACCAACAAUGACGAGAUUGAGGAGUUGGAGCUGAGCAGGCUGUUCAAGGACCAGGUCGGCUUGGAGAACGAGAAGAAACGAGGCAAAAAGAAGCAAAAGUCCGAGUCAGAAGAGUCUCUGAACAACAUUCACCACACGACGGAUGAUUCCGGUAUUUGACACCAGAGGCGGCGCGACAGCCCGCGAAGACACAGGCAUGAAAAGAAAGAGAAGAAAUGCAAGAAAAAACACGUCUCUAGCGACAGCAGUGACAGUUCGAGCUGAACAGAUGACCGCAGCUUCUGGGUUUCCAUUUUGACAGAUUGACUUGGCGAAUGACGCCAUGAGCGCGUUUUGACAGUCGGUAAUUGUACCUUUUUGAAAGGUACCGCUAGGAAUUUGUGAUUAAGAAAAUGUUAAGGCGAAAAUAAAAGGAAAAUUAAUAAACACAAGGCGGCCAAAAAUAUGUGGACGUUAGUUGUCAUGUAUUUUUGUCUCUUGAUAUCAAAUAUUAUGUAUAAUUGAGUAUGUAGUUUAUAAAUUUAUACGCCUUAAUUGGCAAGUUUUAAGUGUUUUAACUUUGCUAGAGAAGUGCUUAUAAGAUGAUUCUCGUUCAUUGACAUAUGUCUAAGGACGGGCCUUACGGGCAAUAAUAAUGGGGCCAGUACAGCGGGGUACGCACACGAAUUCGAGCCAAUCGUGCAGUCUAACGCCACAACGCGAUUGAUUGAUGAGUUCGCACCACGCGCGCGAUUGGUUGCAACAGGGCUGCCAGUACAUAAAUCUUCAUUAUACAGUCCAACGUCAAAAAUUAUACGAAAUUCGAUAGCAUUAUACGAAAACGAUUAUACCCGACUUUCUAAUUCUUACUUCAAAAACAAAACUUGUAUUUAGUAAGUAGUAACUAAAAUUUCUUAGUAAGUAGCGCCGAAACACAGGACAAGUAAAACACAUCUCACAUAUUAACAAACACCCAUAUAUAGAACACCAAACCGAUCAAAUGCUGAGUCUAAAGAGAAAAAACAACAACCGUCACCGUAUAAUCGUAUUAUCAAGUUGGCAAUCCAUCUCUGUUAAUCCCGUGCUGAAAUAGAAAUGCGAAAUAACCAUUCGUGUUUUUUCGUAUCCAAUCAUACCGAACGACUACCUAUACAUAAUAGAUACGAUAAUCAGUCCGAUUAUACGAAAUUCGUAUCGAAUUAUACGAUCUGGCAGCCCUGGGUUGCAACUAGUUGCGUUAGACUGCAUGAUUGGCUCGUAUUCGUGAGUGACACCACUGAGCUAGCACCAUUCUUAGUGCCCGCGGGCCUUCCUUAGAUAUAUGUCAAUGUUCUCGCUACUCUAGCUAGAACCCGAGCUAUGUCCACGCCUCUUAUCUAAAGAGUAACUUGGAUAUAUAGUAGGAGAUACGUUAUAAGGAAUAUCUAUCCUCAUCUGUUAUUUAUUUGUGAUAAUAAAUAAAUGAUACAUAAUAUUCACAGUGACACAUUUCAAAUAGGUUGCCUCGAUCGCUUCAGCAUAAUAUAUUCUAGGUUUAUAGGUUUCACUUUUUAAAAAAAUGUUUUUUUUUUUUAUUGCAAAUUUUGAAAAAAAAAAGGAAAUUCUAUAAACCUAGUUUUUCAUUGUGUCAAUAACAUACUAAAAAAUCAUGGAGAAAAGAAAAUAUUUAGAAGUGGAAAAACCUAUUCUCUUUUUGUAUGGACACUUAUAAGCGUUUUUGGUGAUGUAGGCGUCACAACUUUCACCGUCUAUAGGCGUUCGUGGCGUCCAAAAGGGUAAAUUCCAUUCCAUACAUUAUACACUCGUCCUGCUUUUGCAAUUUGCAGGCAAUGAGAGCUGUAAAUAAAACUAAAUGUGACUUUAACUUGUGAAAUAUUACUCGAAAUAUAUAUCUUUUAUUUCACUAGUGUCUAAUGAGGCAUAAUAAUUAUUUCUAGCUUAAAAUUAAGAAAGAAAUUAAUGGAAAUAAAUAGAUGUUAUUUUAUAACAAAAUUGUUAGAUUUUAUAAAUAAAACAUAUAAAUCAUUUGUGUCUUUUCAAUCUUUUCUAUAAGUUAAUUCUUAACCAUGAAGUACUAGCAUUGUGCCAAAGAGAAUUUUCAGA